GGUUCAUGGGGUCGCAAAGAGUUGGACACAACUGAGCGACUGAACUGAACUAAUGAGGUGGUGUGUGAUGAGUCUAAAGGGGGUGUGCAAGGUGCCCGACACCCAGGAGGACACUAUUUAGCCCCUAGCACAAUCCUCAGAAAUACCCCUGAAGGCAGGCCCAGGGGGACCCAGCGACCCCCUCUCUGGGUGACCGCUUCUUAGUGUCCACGGAGGGCUCCCAGGAAGGAACAGCGGCCUUUGUCCUCUGACUACAGGCCAUCAGCUUCCUGGUGCAGGACCGAGUGCCGGGGAAACCCUCGAGCAGCUCCCAUCUCUCAAAAUCCAGGCUGCCACCGCCCCACAGCCAGGCAUCCACCAUGCACAGGAAGCCGGAAUCUGACCCCUGGCGGCGGGCCUGGUCUCCGUGGCAGCCGUGGAUUUAUUACCGGGGCCUCCACCCGGCCGGGCGGACUUUCGACUUGAAGCCGGGAAGAAGGGGAACAGGAAGGCAGUUCUGGGAGCAGCGAGCCCACGGGUGGCAGCUGGAGGCCCCGAGAUGGCCAAGUUUCUUUCCCAGGACCAAAUUAAUGAAUACAAGGAGUGCUUCUCCCUAUACGACAAGCAGCAGCGGGGGAAGAUCAAAGCCGCCGACCUCCUGACGGUGAUGAGGUGCCUGGGGGCCAGCCCGACGCCUGGGGAGGCGCGGCGGCACCUGCAGACGCACGGGAUAGACAGAAGUGGAGAGCUGGAUUUCUCUACUUUCCUGACCAUCAUGCAUAUGCAAAUAAAGCAAGAGGACCCAAAAAAGGAAAUUCUUUUGGCCAUGUUGAUGGCGGACAAGGAGAAGAAAGGCUACAUCAUGGCAUCUGAACUGCGGUCAAGACUCAUGCAACUGGGGGAGAAGCUCACCCCCAAAGAAGUGGAGGAUCUCUUCAGGGAAGCAGGUAUCGAACCAAAUGGCAAAGUGAAGUAUGACGAGCUCAUCCAGAAGAUCACCACUCCUGUGAGGGACGACUGAACGAGAAGGCAAGAGAGCCUCCCCUGGGCCUGAACACUCAGACUGAUGGGUUUUUGAAAAGAAGAGUGUUCCUUUCACUUGCAGGAGAUGGCCAACACAGCAAGAUGACAGACCUAACCACAGCAAGAGGACAACAAGGAAACAAAAUGAUUCCAGCUACAGGAUUAGCAUGUCUUUAAUAAAAUUUUUUACUGUUUUAACAACUA